AAAGGCAGAAGUUGUGUGAAAGUGCAUAAUUAAAAAGUGGUUUCAAUUUUUCUUAUUCUAGUCGUUUGCUCGUACUCGCGCGAAAACAAUGUCCUCUAUCCCUUACGAGUUACUGAUUCCGUCCGGUCUGCUUACGGCCAGUAUCUAUGCAUUGAGACGGUACAAAAUCCGAAAGUGGGGCUGGGUCACGAAUAAGAGCUCUCUGAAAGGGAAACUUUUCAUCAUAACUGGUGCGAAUACCGGACUUGGAUAUGAAACUACCAAAGCCCUGACCGCUCGGCAAGCUACCACGAUUAUGGCCUGCCGCAAUAUAUCCAAAGCUAACGAAGCGAUUGAAAAUAUCCGCCAAAAUACCAAGGAAGGUCAAUUGAUACCGAUGGAGCUGGACUUGGCAUCGUUCCAAUCCAUCCGUAAGUUUGCUUCGGAAAUCAAACUCAGGUAUCCGGAUUUUUACUGCUUGAUUAACAAUGCUGGCUUGGCUGCUCAGAAGCCUGAGUUCACCCAGGAGGGAUUUGAAGUUCACUUUGGCGUGAACCACUUAGGUCAGUUUCUUUUAGUGGAUUUGCUAAAAGACAAUCUGAAGAAGAACAACUCACGAGUCGUGGUCGUGUCGUCAAGGAUGCACGAAAUAGAAGCAAGUGUAGACAUCGAAAACCUAGGAAAAUGGGUCGAUUAUGACAGUCGUUUAAAUCGAUUGUACAACAACUCGAAACUGAUGAACUUCUACUUUGCUCGAGAGCUGUACAAACGAGGAUUCAACGUGCACGUGCUUUGUCCCGGUUUGUGCCAUACGGAUUUUUUCCGUCACUACGAUCCCAAGUGGUACCAUUAUCUGGUGUUUUCGCCGAUAGUGUGGCUGAUGCUGCGGUCUGCAGAACAGGGUGCCCAGAAUAUCAUCUACAGUGCAACGGACAGUGUAACCGACGAGAAACGAAACCCGGUCACCGGAUACUUUGUGUCCAAUGUCAAGAUGCGGAAGUCGAAGUUUCCGUUCGAUGAGCAGAUUUCCGUACGGUUAUGGAACGAAAGUGUGGAAGCGAUCGAAGAGUCCGGCAGGAGCAGUUGAAGUUGCUGUUUGGUUUUGGUGGAAGGGAGAACUCUAACACGGUCACUAACUUAUAAGCCUUGGGUCACUAAACGGUCAAACUUGGUGAAGGGAUAGAGGACGUUGCGAUCGCGCAUUAGAGGGCUUGAAGUUCUGCUACCGCGUGGUUUCUCAGUUUACCACUGUUUUGUUGUACAUAAACACAUCAUCAUUAAUACUCAUGUGGGACACUUGUGUACGAUUAUGGAUUAAGGAUAAGGAAUGUGCAUAUUCAUUGCGUUCAUCUUCAUGUGUCGACUACUAAUACUCAGUCUGAUUGCUGUGCAUACUUCGUAUCAUAUUGUCAUGAUUAGGUACCUAAAUCCCGUAAGAGACCUGUUGCAAAUUUGUCUGAACGUUCGAGAAAGUUUGCGAACGUUGAAAUGUUUUCUGACCGGUGUUUGUCCAGCGACACUACCCAGACUUAUAAUGUUAUUCUUCUGAAUUUGUCAUGUGUUCUCCAAACCUCUUCCAAUGAUUACUUCUUCAACUGCUGCCUACAAAACUACUCUUUAAAUCAUGGAGGAAAGCUCCAACUCGAAUUAACUUUUCAUACCUUGUGCUAAUUGUUUUUCAAUAGUUACUCCGUUUAAUCCUCAAGAAUACAUAUGGACGUAAAUAAGGGUGGCCACUGAACCGGGAAAACCGGGGAACCGGGAAUCGAAAACGGCAGGGAAAACCCUUGAAAUAACCGGGAAUUUGGUUGAACUUAGUUAAUAAUUUGUUCGGUAUUUUAAUUAUUUCUCUUAAGAUUUUCAUCCUGACCCCAUAAUCUCAGACAGUUUUUUAAGAUCUGGAACCUCAUUGGGGAGGUUGAAACGAAAUGUGUUUCCAGUGAACGCUUGGUUGCAUUUUAUGUGGAAUAUUAAAAUAAACUAAAUUAUUUAAUUGAAACUUAUCUCAGCAUUUCCUUAAGAUCAUUUCAAAAUGUCUUCAGAAUUACUUUAACUUUCAAUAAUCUUAUGAUUCUGUCCGGUAUUCCCUGUAAAAUGUAUCUAUGAAAAUGAAAAUUCUGUGCAGAACACUUAAGGGAAUUCCUCUUGCGAUAAUUAAGUUUAUCUUCUUUACAAUUCGUUUGGAAUAUGCCUGGAAACUCUUGGUAUGCUAUAGAGAAUUAAAAAAAAAUGUUAUCCCGAAAUUUCCUUGGAUUUCAACUCAUGAUUUCCUUGAAAUGCUUCUCAAAAUCAAAGAAUGAAUUUUCUAGGAAUUCUCUUGAAACUCUCCAUAAAGUUCCCUUGGAGAUUUCUUCAGAAUUUCCUGGAACACUACUCAGGGUUUCUGAGGAAAUAUGGUACAAAUUUCAUGACAAACCCUCUUUUUUUUGUAUUUCUUCGACAUUCGUAUGAAUUAUUUUAGGAAUUGUCUUGAAACUAUCUUCAAAAUAACUUUAAAUUCUGCAAUAAAUUUGUGUGUGCUAUAUUAUGAAUUUUAUUCCCUUAGAGUUAUUGUCCAUGUAUCCUGGCAGCUCUCCUCAGAAUUUCUCUUUGAUUAAUUAAUAGAUCAACAUUUGGCAAGGUGCCCUUCGAAUUACU